AUGUCCUCGCGCAAGAUCUCGUCGGAGUCGUUCAGCUCGAUGGGCUCGGAGUGCCUGGAGAGCCCCGGAGAUGAUGGCGACUCCUGUCCAUUUUCACGCAUCUGGAACGGCAAGAGCCCCGUGGAGAAGCUCGCGUGCCCGUUCGAGGACGCACCGGGACCCAAACGGGCGACCAGACGGAAGCGCGUGAACCUGGACUCGCUCGGGGAGAGCUUGAGGAGGUUAACGUCGCCCACGGUAGGAUACAGUAACAACAACUGCAGAUAGAGAUUUUCUCCGGUGUUCCUCUCUCCCCUCUGCAUGCAUCACCUGCGUGAUUACACAAGGGCCAGCACCCUAGAGAUGACUGUUAGAAUAAUGAGAGGGAGAGAGAGAGAGAAGAAUGGGUAGUUGGUUCGGCCUAUUCUAUUUCACUCCUUACUGGGUGAUGGGGUUGUUCUGGUGAGUGUACUGAAGGUAGAUGUUUACUGUGUGUAGUGUAGAUGUUUCCCUCUAGCCUCCUCUCCUCCAUCUGCACUGAUGUGAAAGAGGUGGACAGGUGAAAUAAAAUCCCUGGUUGGGAGGCCUCCACCUUACAGCAUCAUUAACCUGUGUUUUCAGAACCGUGUAGGUUAAGGAAUAGAAACUAGGACAUAAGCUAGAUAUUAGAGAUGCAUUUGUUGAUGAUGAUUAUGGUGAUUAAAGAUAUCCUGUUCUAAUACAAGACUGGUUUUAAUUUCCUUGGUCCAAGGGAAGUGUUUAGCUUGCUACUCCCUGGCCAAAAGCAGAGACGCCACAACCCACUUUGAAAUGAAAAUAUUUAUGAUACCUGCUUCUGUCAGAAUUAGUGUGUGUGUGUCUGGGUCUGGGUCGGUGCCUCAGUACCUGUAAUAAGAGGCUUACAGUCACAACGACCCUCUCUCAGUCAACCAUGACCGGGAGGACAGAGAAUGUACUUGGACCAAGUACAUUCCUGAUACUGUCAACCAGGCCAGCCACGGUGACCCAGAACAGAGGACACACACACAGCAUCUUCACACACAAAUGGGCAUACCCUCCCACUGUCUCCACACAUUAUACCACAUAAACACAAACACAAACAUAUGCAGGGAGGUGGUAGUUAGUGGAGAGACCCAUAACUGUUCUAAAGUAGUGUGAUUCAUGAACUUCAAAGGCUGUGUGUGUACUGUGGGACAUGGAGCUGUGUGUGUACUGUGGGACAUGGAGCUGUGUGUGUACUGUGGGACAUGGAGCUGUGUGUGUACUGUGGGACAUGGAGCUGUGUGUGUACUGUGGGACAUGGAGCUGUGUGUGUACUGUGGGACAUGGAGCUGUGUGUGUACUGUGGGACAUGGAGCUGUGUGUGUACUGUGGGACAUGAAGCUGUGUGUGAACUGUGGGACAUGGAGCUGUGUGUGUACUGUGGGACAUGGAGCUGUGUGUGUACUGUGGGACAUGGAGCCCAGCCAGUUUGCACUUCAUUCCCUAAUUAAAGCAGUACACUGACACACUCACAUACAAACAUACUGCCUUAGAGGAGAGAGGAGAACUGCUUGAGGAGAGAGAAAGGAGGAGAGAGGAGAACUGCUUGAGGAGAGAGAAAGGAGGAGAGAGGAGACUGCCUUGAGGUAGAGAAGGAGGAGAGCUGAGACUGCUUGAGGAGAGGAAGAGGAUAGGAGAACUGCUUGAGGAGAGAAAGGGAGAGGGGAUAAACUGCUUUGAGGCUAGCGAAAGGAAGGAUAGAGGAGAACUGCUUGGGAAGGGAAGGAAGAGAGAGGAGAACUGCUUGAAGAGAGAGAAAUAGGAGGAGAGAGGAGUAACUGCUUCAGGAGAGAGAAAGAGGAGAGAGGAGAACUGCUUCAGGGAGAGAAAGGAGGAGAGAGGAUAACUGCUUGUGGAGAGAGAAAGGAAGAGAGAGGAGAACUGCUUGAAGAGAGAGAAAGAGGAGGAGAGAGGAUAACUGCUUCAGGAGAGAGAAAGGAGGAGAGAGGAGAACUGCUUCAGGAGAGAGAAAGGAGGAGAGAGGAUAACUGCUUGAGAGAUGAGAAAGGAGGAGAGAAAGGAGAACUGCUUGAGGAGAGAGAAAGGAGGAGAGAGGAGAACUGCUUGAGGAGAGAGAAAGGAGGAGAGAGGAGAACUGCUUGAGGAGAGAGAAAGGAGGAGAGAGGAGAACUGCUUGAGGAGAGAGAAAGGAGGAGAGAGGAGAACUGCUUGAGGAGAGAGAAAGGAGGAGAGAGGAGAACUGCUUGGAAGAAGAAAUGAGAGAGAGAGAAACUGCUUGAGGAAGAGAAAGAUUGAAUGAGAGAACUGCUUUGUGGACAGAAGAAAGGUAAAGAGGAGAACUGUUGAGGUGGAUGAGAAAGUGUGUGAAGAGAUGAUAUGCUUGAGGAGAAGAAAGACGUGAGAGGAAGGAACUGCUUCAGGAGAGAGAAAAGAGAGAGGACCUCUUGGGAAUGCUUGGAGAAUAUGGAGAGAGUAAAACUAAAGACACAAAUUAAUUGACACAUUUUUCAUUGUGUUUGUAUGGAUCAGCCAGCUGAUCCACUAUGUGUUAACAAGCCAACCCACCUUUUCAUAGUGUGUGUGUGUGUGUGUGUGUGUGUGUAUUGAUUAAUGAACAAGACUUUGUGAUGUGGAUGUUUGCUUGUCUUGUCAGUGAAAUGUGAUAAAAGAUGUGUGCUCGUCAUUGUGUUUACUGGUUUGCUGAUGGUAAUGUGUGGAGAGAGUGAAUGUGUGUGUCGAUGACGUAUGUUCUGUGAAUGAAUGGCUAAGACAAGGACACUCUCAUAGGACACACACAAUGCCUACUAUGUAUACAGUUGGAUAAGCCAGAUGCUGGUCUCCUGCACACCAGGUUUCAACAGAGGCCGUAGGGUGACCCCAGACGGACACAGUGUUGCUACAGGAUUGUAUUAAUGUUCAUCAUGUUAAACCCUCUCCCUCUGGCUCAGUGUCUCUCUCUCUCUUUCUCUCACACACACAAACACGCACAUACACGAAGGCACACACACUCAAACACACACUGUCUCAGUCAGAGCCCACUGCAGAGGGAUUUAGAGUUAAAGCUGGAUUUGGAAUAUUUAGAGCUUUCUGUAGUUAUUUCUUGUUGUUGAUAGGAAAGGAUCGUUUUUUUGUGUGCCAGUAAUACAUUGCUGGAAUGUUAUUAAAGCGUUAGAUGUCAGCAUUAAAUGCAGGCUGUUGAAAUGAUCUGUUUUUAUAUUUAGGGCCUGAGUUUUUAGUGACCACUUGACCUGACAAGGACAUCAGUGUUCUUACAGUGCAUUCGGAAAAUAUUCAGACCACUUGACUUUUUCCACAUUUUGUUACGUUACAGCCUUAUUCUAAAAUGGAUUUUUUUUUUAAUUAUCCCCUCAUCAAUCUACACACAAUACCCCAUAAUGACAAAGCAAAAACGUUUUUUUUUUUACAUUUUUGCAAAUGUAUUAAAUAUAAAAAACAGAAAUAUCACAUUUACAUGAUUAUUCAGACCCUUUACUCAGUACUUUGUUGAAGCACCUUUGGCAGUGAUUACAGCCUCGAGUCUUCUUGGGUAAGAUGCUACAAGCUUGGCACACCUGUAUUUGGGGAGUUUCUCCCAUUCUUCUCUGCAGAUCCUCUCAAGCUCUGUCAGGUUGGAUGGGGAGCUUUGCUGCACAGCUAUUUUCAGGUCUCUCCAGAGAUGUUCAAUCGGGUUCAAGUCCGGACUCAAGGACAUUCAGAGACUUGUCCCAAAGCGACUCCUGCGUUGUCUUGGCUUUGUGCUUAGGGUUGUUGUCCUGUUGGAAGGUGAACCUUCGCCCCAGUCUGAGGUCCUGAGCGCUCUGGAGCAGGUUUUCAUCAAGGAUCUCUCUGUACUUUACUCCGUUCGUCUUUCCCUCAAUCCUGACUAGUCUCCCAGUCCCUGCCGCUGGAAAACAUCCCCACAGCAUGAUGCUGCCACCACCAUGCUUCACCGUAGGGAUGGUGCCAGGUUUCCUCCAGAUGUGACGCUCGGCAUUCAGGCCAAAGAGUUCAAUCUUGGUUUCAUAAGACCAGAGAAUCUUGUUUCUCAUGGUCUGAGAGACUUUAGGUGCCUUUUGGCAAACUCCAAGCGGGCUGUCAUGUGCCUUUUACUGAGGAGUGGCUUCCGUCUGGCCACUCUCCCGUGAAGGCCUGAUUGGUGGAGUGCUGCAGAGAUGGUUGUCCUUCUGGAAGUUUCUCCCAUCUCCACAGAGGAACUCUAGAGCUCUGUCAGAGUGACCAUCAGGUUCUUGGUGACCUCACUGCCCAUUUCUAAAAACCUGUUUUUGCAUUGUCAUUAUGGGUUAUUGUGUGUAGAUUGCUGAGGAUAAAAAAUAUAUAUAUAUAUAUAUUUUUUAGAAUAAGGCUGUAAUGUAAAAAAUUUGGAAAAAGUCAAGGGGUCUGAAUACUUCCCGAAUGCACUAUAUAUUUGUCCUAUUCCACACAUGUACAAGUGUGUAUUAAUGUGAAUGUGUGAAUUGGAAAUGUUUUUUUUACAUAUCCCAACUCUCCCUCAGAGUGGGGCCAUGGCCAAGGUCUGCCAUUAUCAACGGCGACCCUGGAGCAAUUAGGGUUAAGUGUCUUGCUCAAGGGCACAUCAACAGACUUUUCGCCUUGUCGCCUCGGGGGAUUCGAACAAGCAACCAGAGGUUGCUGUCCCAAUGACAUUUGUUUUUUAAUCUUCUUUCAGACGCAGAUGGUUCAACAGUCUUUGCAGAGAACCUUAGAGUUCUACAGACAGAAAGAGAUCAGGUAAGGACUGCUGUGCUAUGUGUGUGUGUAUGCGUGUGUGUGUAUGUAUGUGUGUGUGUGUGUGUCUGCGCCCUUGAGAAUGGUGUAGUAGAGGUAGCUAUAGGCCUUUGGGAAGAAUGAAUAAGGAUACUGUGAGUAAUGGUUUCUAGUAACAUACUGAGGUCACAUAAGAGCAAGGCCACUGUACUGUUUUAGCUCAUCUAAGUGUUAUAAAUGAGAAAACCAUGUAACUAAUUCAUCCUUUACAUAACACGUGUUUGUAUUUUGUGUGAACAUUGCGCUGUGUCCUUGUUUUGGAUUAUACUGAACAAAAAUAUAAACACAAUAUGUAAAGUGUUGGUCCCAUGUUUCAUGAGCUGAAAUAAAAUAUCCCAGAAAUGUUCCAUAUGCACAGAAAUCUUAUUCCUCUCAAACUUUGUGCACACAUUUGUUUACUUUCCUGUUAGUGAGCAUUUCUCGUUUGCCAAGAUAAUCCAUCCACCUGACUGGUGUGGCACAUCAAGAAGCUAACUAAACAGCAUGAUCAUUACACAGGUGCAGGGUACAAUAAAAGGCCACUCUAAAAUGUGCAGUUUUGUCACACAAUAGCCACAGAUGUCUCAAGUUUUGAGGGAGCGUGCAAUUGGCAUGCUGACUGCAGGAAUGUCCACCAGAGCUGUUGCCAGAGAAUGUAAUGUUCAUUUCUCUACCAUAAGCCACCUCCAACGUCAUUUUAGAGAAUUUGGCAGUACGUCCAACUGGCCUCACAACCGCAGACCACGUGUAACCACGCCAGCCCACACGUGUAACCACGCCAGCCCAGGACCUCCACUUCCGGCUUCUUCACCUGCGGGAUUGUCUGAGACCAGCCAAUGAAACUGAGGAGUAUUUCUGUCUGUAAUAAAGCCCUUUUUGUGAGGAAAAACUCAUUCUGAUUGGCUGGGCCUAGCUCACCAGUGAGUCGGCCUGGCUCCCAAGUGGGUGGGCUAUGCCCUCCCAGGCCCACCCAUGGCUGCACCCCUGCCAGUCAUUUGAAAUCCAUAGAUUAGAGCCUAAUUUAUUUAUUUCAAUUGACUGAUUACCUUAUAUGUACUGUAAUCCAGUAAAACUGUUGAAAUUGUUGCAUGUUGCGUUUAUUUUUUGUUCAGUAUAUUUAAGUAUUACUGUCUGUGUGUUGUGUUGGUGAGUUUCUGUUCUAUGCUCGGUGUUUGUGUGUGUGUGUAUGUGUGUGUAUACAUGUGCGUAUGUGUGUAUGUGUGUUUGUGAAUUGUGUAUGUGUGUGUGAUCUGUGUCUAGUAGGGUGGUAAAUGUGCUCAUUAGACAUAGCAGGUCAGUAUUACAGUAAUGCCCAGAUCAAUAUUACAGUAAUGCCCCAUUGGUUUAUAAACAAACCAGCAAUGAGGCACUCUCUAGCCUGUUAUAUCAUCUCUCUGUCUCCAUUCCGUGUGUGUGUGUGUGUGUGUGUGUGUGUGUGUGUGUGUGUCAAAGGUGCAGAGAGGAUGGGAAGGAGGAAAAUAAAAGUUUUACUUUGGAGAAGUGUCCCUUUGUGGAUAAUUCUGGUUCUGGAGAAGAGGCGGACAUCUCAGGAAUACUACAGUACAUGGCUACUCUACAGGGUCAGUAUCACUCUACCGUGUGUGUCGUGUGUGUGUGGCCAAUCGGUAUAGAGUUGUGUGUUGGCAGAAUAACCUUGGAUGUUAUUGAUGCUGCCUGCUUAAUGUGUGUGUGUGUGUGUGUGUGCUUUUAAGGACUUCUAUGCUCUCUGCUUAGUCUCUGUGUGCACAUUUCAAGGAGUUUGAUUAAUGCUGUCUGCUAACUAUGCUUACUAAGGUAUAGUGUGUGCUUUUUCAUGUAUCAGUGUUUGAUUAAUGGUUUGAUUUAUGUCCAAAAGUGUGUGUGUGUCAUUUUGACUCCCCCAAAAGUCCUGAAAUUUAUAAUGCUUACACUAUAAUGAUUCUUCAGCUGCACUUUGCAACUAAAAGGAACCUCUCCACAUGCAUGCACACUAACCCCUCUGGUACCUUCUAAUGAGGAGGAGAGACAUCUCGGUGGAGCUCUGACAAACACACACUUCUUUACCUCUUUACCUCUUUAUGCUGUUCUCUUUCUCUCCUCCAUCCUCUCCCUUUCCCACCUCUCCCUCCCUCAUCAUCUACUCCUCCCCUCCUCACCUCCCUCCCUCCCUCCCUCACCUCCCCCUCCUCCUCCUCUCCUUCGCUUCACUCUCCCCCCCGCCAUCUCUCUUCCCUCCCUCCCUCCCUCCCUUCCAUCCUCUCCUCCUGCUCUCCUCCUCCAUCUCCACUCCUCCAUCCUCUCCUAUCUCUCUCUACCUCCCUUCAUCCUCCCGUGCUCUCUUCUACCAUCCCUGUUAUCAGGUUCUCCUCCUCUCGUCCUCUCCCUCCCUCCCCCAUCCUUCUCCCUCCCUCCCUCCCUAGCUCUCUAUCUCCUUCCCUCCCUCCUGUCUACCUCCCUCCCUCCAUCAUGUCUACCUCCCUCCCUCCACCCCUCCCUCCCUCCACCCUGUCUCCGCCCUCCCCAUCCCCCCCCUCCCUCCAUCUCUCAUCAUCCCUCCCCUCCAUCCUCCCUCCCUCCUCCCCUCCCUCCCUCCUCCCAUCUCCUCCUCCCUUCCCUCCCUCUCCCUCAUCUCCUCUCCCUCCCUCCAUCUCACCUCCCUCCCUCCAUCUCCCUCUCCCCCAUCCUCUCUCGACCUCCCUCCCUCCCCCCCCCAUCUCCAAUCCUCCCCAUCUCUCCCUCCUCCCCUCCCUCCCCUCCUCCUCCAUCUGUCUACCUCCCUCCCCCCAUCUCUCUAACCUCCCUCACCCCCCUCCUCCUCCCUCCCUCCCUCCUCCCUCCAUCUCCAUCUACCUCCCUCCUCCACUCCCUCUCCCCUCCCUCCCUCCCUCCUCUCCCUCCCCAUUGUCUACCUUCCCUCCCUCCAUCUCCUACCUCCCUCCCUCCCUCCAUCUGUCUACCUCCCUCCCUCCAUCUCGUUCUACCUCCCUCCCUCCCUCCCUACCUCCCUCUCUAACCUCCCCCCCACCUCCCUCUCCUCUCUACCUCCCUCCCUUCCCCGCCAUCCUCCAUCUCCCUCCCUCCCCCCUCCAUCUGUCUCCUCCCUCCCUCCAUCUCCAUCUCCCUUCUCCCUCCCUCCCCUCCUUUCCAUCUCCCUCCCUCCUCCUCCUCUCGACCUCCCUCCCUCCAUCUCUCUCUACCCCUCCAUCUACUCUCACACUCCCUCCCUCCAUCUGUCUACCUCCCUCCCUCAUCUCCUCUACCUCCCCUCCCUCCCCUCUCCUCCCUCCCUCUCCUCUCCCUCCUCCCUCCCUCCCUCCCCUCCCUCCCAUCGCUCCUCCCUCCCUCCAUCUGUCCCUCCCUCCUCUUCCCCUCCCCCUCCAUCUGUCUACCUCCCUCCCUCCCAUCCCUCUCUCCUCCCUCCCUCCAUCUUCUACCUCCUCCCUCCCGCCAUCUCUUCCUCCCUUACCUCCCUCCCCCUCCCUCCAUCUCCAUCUACCUCCUCCCUCCAUCUACCUCCUCCCUCCAUCUCUCUACUCCCCCACCUCCUCCCUCCAUUCUCUGCUACCUCCUCCCCCCAUCUCCUACCUCCUCCCUCCCUCCUUCUUCUCCUCUCCCUCCUCUCCGCUCCCCCUUUCCCUCCCUCCAUCGUCUACCCCUCUCCCUCCGCGUCCCUCCCUCAUCUGUCUACCUCCCUCCCGCCAUCUCUCUAUCCCUCCCUCCCUCCCUCCUCCAUCUACCAUCCCUCCCUCCUCCCUCCAUCUCCAUCUACCUCCUCCCUCCAUCUCUCUCUACCUCCCUCCCUCCCUCCAUUCUCUCUACCUCCCUUGUCUCUUCCCCCCCUCCAUCUCCCUCUCCUCCCCCUCCAUCUGUCUACCUCCUCCCCUCAUCUCGCUCCCCUUUCCCUCCUCCGUCUACUCCCCCUCCAUCUCCUCUCUCCAUCUCUCUCGACCUCCCUCCCUCCAUCUCCAAUACUACCACCCUCCAUCUACCUCCCUCUCUACCUCCCUCCCUCCAUCUGUCUACCUCCUCCUCAUCUCUCUACCUACCUCCCUCCCGCCAUCUCCACUACCUCCCUCGCUCCAUCUCCCUCUACCUCCCUCCCUCCCUCCUCUCCCUCCCUCCAUCUGUCUACCUCCCUCCCUCAUCUGUCUACCUCCCUCCCUCCCUCCAUCUGUCUACCUCCUCCCUCCAUCUGUCUACCUCCUCCCUCCCUCUCUCUCUCUACCUCCCUCACUCCUCUCCAUCCUACCUCUCCCCCCCUCCACUCCCUCCACUCCCUCUCUCCAUCUCCCUCCCUCGCUCCAUCUCUCUCCUCCUCCCUCCCUCCCUCCCUCCCUCCCUCCCUCCCUCCGUCCCUCCCUCCCAUCCCCUCCCUCCCUCCAUCUCGUCCUCCCUCCCCCUCCUCUCCCUCCCUCCACCUCCUCCCUCCAUCCCAUCUCACCUCCUCCCUCCCUCCUCUGUCUACUCCCUCCCUCCUCUCUCUCUAUACCUUGGUCUACUUCCCUCCAUCUCCCUCCCUCCUCCAUCUGUCUCCUCCCUCCCUCCAUAGCCGCAUCUCCUUCCUCCCUCCUCACCUCCCUCCCUCCAUCUGUCUACCUCCCUCCCUCAUCUCUCUCUACCUACCUCCCUCCCGCCAUCUCCAUCUACCUCCCUCGCUCCAUCUCCCUCUACCUCCCUCCCUCCCAUCCUCUCCCUCCCUCCAUCUGUCUCCCUCCAUCCAUCACCCUCCCUUCCUCCAUCUGUCUACCUCCCUCCCUCCAUUUCUCUCUACCUCCCUCCCUCCAGCUCCUCUACCUACCACCAUCUCCAUCUACCUCCCUCCCUCCAUUUGCCUCUACUUCCCUCCCUCCAUCUCCCUCCAUCUACCUCCCUCCCUCCAUCUCUCUCUACCUCGCUCUCUCCGUGACAUGCCUGUAUCUGUCAGCAUGCUCCUCACCAUACCCUCAUUACCUAACCCACCUCUGUGUGUGUGUGUGUGUGUGGUUUGUAGUUGUUUGUGUGUUGUCCAGCCUGUUGUGUUCUCUCUGUUUGUUAUGCAUCAGGGUUGACUGAUCAGUCAGACAAACAGCAGCAGCUGUGUGUGUGUGUUUGUGUGUGUGCUCUAAAGCUGACUCCAGAUUGCUUGUCCUUCACAGUAAAUAACCCCCUACAGCCCAGCCAUGGCACUCCAGCUGUGUUUGUUUACUUUGAUGUUGUGGUUGUGUUGUCCUUACCUUAUCCUGAGGAUGUGGUUGUGUUGUCCUUACCUUAUACUGAGGAUGUGGUUGUGUUGUCCUUACCUUAUCCUGAGGUUGUGGUUGUGUUGUCCUUACCUUAUACUGAGGUUGUGGUUGUGUUGUCCUAAUGUUGUCCUGAUGUUCUGGUUGCUUUGUAUUCUAGGUGUGCGGUUCUGUGAGCUGAGGGAGCGUUUCGGGGAGGAGUUCUUCGGUCUGUGUUUCGAGGAGAAUGAGCGGGUUCUAAGAGCGGUGGGAGGGAACCUGCAGGACUUCUUUAACGGCUUUGACGCCAUCUUAGAACACAUCAGAACCUCGACCGGACGCCGUGCCUCUUCAGAGAGCCCCUCCUUUCAAUGCAAAGAGCCUCACGAGGAGGAGAGAGGAGGAGGAGGAGGAGGAGGAAGGGAGAGGGUGGGAGGAAAGCUUCUCCUCCUCCACUGCUUUAACCCCGCCCCUGUCGUGGGAUUGGCUAUGCCUGGUCUGAUCCGAGCCGCUGCACGCCGAAUCUUCCACUCCCACGUCGUGGUGAAGGAAGCCCCUCCCCUAGCGGCGUUGUCACCCAAUGAGGACGCAGAACACUCAGGAGGAGCCUCCACCCCUACUCCGACUCCCUCCCCUUCCUCGUCUCCCUCACCCCCUUCCCCGUCUGCCCCCGUCUGCCUCUCCUUCCUCAUCAGAGAAACCUCCCCCUCCCCUCUCUACAUCCCUCCCUCCUCUGUCACCCUUCCAACAGAGACCUCCAAGCGGACCCUCCCGCCCCUCUCCCUCUCCCCCACUGACCUGCGCAUCGGUCCGGCUACAUUCUGCAGGGCGUUCCCCUUCCACCUGGUGCUGGGCCCCAGCAUGGAGCUGCUGCAGCUAGGGGAAGGUCUGAGAAGGCAGGCACGGAUCGAGCCUCACCGGACCCUCUCCUUCAGGGACUGCUUUGAGAUCAUCUCCCCCAGGAUCCAGCCCACCUUCCAGGCCAUACUGCUGCGCCUGGCCUCCCCUUUCACCAUCCGCACCCGGCCAGACAGCUCCCAGUCAGGCACCAAGGAGAAG